AUGCACAAUCAAAACUCUUCAAUAAAUCGAGCAGAUAAAACACAGAAAAGAUCGUUCACUCAACCAAGCAAAUCCUCACAAUUGUCGACGAACGUACCCGUCAACGAACAAAACGAUAUAUCUGUGAAAACUUGUAUGCAAUCAUGCACUUAUCGUUUGGAUAACAUAGAUCGUAGUGCUAUCAUUAAACGUCAAGAAAUAGAAUCUUCAUUGGAACGUUUAUCAAAUCGGGAUGAUGUCUACGGUGUGAUUGUUACAGAUCUUGAUGGUCGCAUACUUCACGAAUGUGAGACGUUGAAAAUCUGGAUCCCUUCGUUGGUAUCAAUAUGUUCGUUAGCUCGUCAUUUUGUGCGUAACGUGAAUCCAGAUGAUAAUCUUCAAGUUGUUCGUCUUCGAACAAAAACAUACGAAAUUGUGAUCACAAUACAUAAUGAACAGUUAUUGAUCGUCAUGCAGAUACUAUCGAAUGGGAUUACCAACGAAGUCAAAAAUGAUGAUAAUCGUAUUGAAGAAGAUUGGGAAGCAUUUCUCGAAAAGAUAAAACAACAGAUGAAAAAAGAUUGA